UAUAUAUAAUUGAAUGUCCAAUGGAAGAAUGUCAACCAUCAAUGUCGAUAUAAGCUGAUUCGAACUAGAUUUAGCUCUCAACAAAAAAAAAAAUGGGAACCUCUACAUUUUACAUGUCUCUUCCCACACCAUUUCUAAAGCCUCAAAAACCUUCCAAUCAAAUCUUUAUUACCAGUAAUAAUAAAUUCAACUCAGCUCUUCAGCAUUAUGCUUUGCACAAGCCAAAAAGUUGUUCGAUUCAUAGAACUAGUGUUCCUAUUCUGGUAAAAAAUUCAUGUAAACUGGAUCUGUUCAAAGUUAGGGCUGUAGCAGAAAAUGCAGGAGAAUCUGAGGCUGUGAAGCCCAAGGAAGUGAUACAGACGCUUCAACUUGGCGCGAUGUUUGGAAUUUGGUACCUUUUGAAUAUCUGUUAUAAUAUUUACAACAAACAGGUACUUAAGGUUUUUCCAUUUCCGGCGACUGUUACGGCCUCACAAUUUGGCUGUGGGACUUUGCUAAUACUCUUUAUGUGGGGAUUUCGUCUUCAUCCGAUACCAAAAAUCAGUAAAUCUCAAUUUAAAGCAAUAUUCACACUAGCUACAAUUCACACAUUGGGUAAUGUUUUAACGAACAUCAGUCUUGGGAGAGUAGCAGUUUCCUUCACUCACACAAUCAAAGCAAUGGAACCAUUUUUCACCGUGCUUCUUUCCGCGCUGUUUCUUGCAGAGCGGCCAUCUCCUUGGAUUGUAUCUUCUCUGGUUCCCAUUGUUGGUGGAGUAGCAUUAGCAUCAAUGACAGAGGCCUCUUUUAAUUGGAUAGGCUUUGGCAGUGCAAUGGCUUCCAAUCUUACUAAUCAAUCGCGUAAUGUAUUUAGCAAAAAAUUCAUGGAUAAAGAGGAGGAGGCAUUGGACAAUAUCAAUUUGUUCUCUAUGAUCACAAUCAUUUCAUUCAUCCUUUUGGUACCUGUUGCCAUUUUGAUGGAAGGGAUCAAGCUUACUCCAUCCUAUCUACAAUAUACUGCUGCAAGCCAUGGUUUACAUGUCAGAGAACUUUGUGUGAGACUUCUUUUGGCUGGAUUUUGCUUGCACAGUUACCAACAGGUUUCAUAUAUGAUACUACAGAUGGUAUCACCAGUGACACAUGCAGUUGGUAAUUGUGUGAAGAGAGUGGUAGUCAUUGUAUCCUCAGUCAUCUUCUUCCAAACACCCGUCUCACCAAUUAACUCCCUUGGGACUUCUUUGGCUCUAGCUGGAGUCUUUCUUUAUUCAAGAGUAAAGAGAUUACAGCGGAAGCCAAAAGUUGUGUGACAAGUGAAGAAAAUUGCCAAAUCCCGUAGCCAUAAUGCUCUGUAAAGAAAAUGUUAACCAAGAACAGGAAUUCGAGGAUUGGGUUCGAGUAAUAGGAAGAUGAGGUCAGGAACUAGCAGAAUAGUUUGAGAAUCCCAGUCAAGAAUGAAAGGCAAAAGAUGGUUAUUGCAUUUCAAGAUGUGUAAUUUGUACAUCAGUGCAAUACUUAAAUCAACUACUAAGGCCUAUGACUGAAACUGAAUUAUUCUGAUCUGGCUCAUGAGUUUUGGAAAUUUAUGUAUCAAAAUAGGAAACACUUUCAUAUAGAAAUAUAAUUUCAAUCCUUUCUUCUU